AUGACUCUUGCUUGGAAACGCCUGAUUCGCUUCGAGGCCAUCGACGGCCGCAUCUUGCGCGGCGAGCCUCUGCUUCCAGAAGACAAAGAUAUUGACUUGGGUUUCAUUACCGAGACCGACCAACUACGAGCCAGAAUUCUCGAGGGCGAUGACAUCUACGAUACGACCGGAAAGACCGUUUUGACAAAAAAUACUGCGCAAGUGAAGAGGGUACUGUCACCACUUGCACAAAGCGACGUGCCUAUCCUCCGCUGCGUAGGUCUCAACUAUGCUAAGCAUAUUAAAGAGGCAGGACGGAAACCACCUCCAUUUCCCUUCAUCUUUUUCAAAGCCAAUACCACAGUCCUCGAUCACGGCGAGCCGGUGGUGAUUCCGAAAAUUGCACAGAAUGACCAAGCAGAUUAUGAAGGCGAAUUGUGUAUUGUACUUGGGAAAGACGCCAAAGACGUUUCCGUGGAAGACGCCCUGGACUAUGUAGCUGGUUACACUGUCGGCAACGAUAUCUCAUCCCGAAAACUACAAAGAGACCCAGCAUACGCCGGAGUUAUCCCUCAAUGGGGGUUCUCAAAGGGAUUCGAUACCUUUGCGCCUCUUGGCCCUGUGCUGGUUGCAGCGUCGGAGAUUCCAGACCCGUCCCAAUUGCACCUAAAGACUAUCGUUGAUGGCGAAGUGAGACAAGAUGAGAGUGUUUCGGAUCUACUUUUUGAUUGCAAAUAUUGUAUAUCGUACCUCUCUCAGGGAACAACGUUGCAAAAGGGCAGUGUGAUUAUGACAGGUACCCCUGGUGGGGUCGGCGCCGGUCUCAAUCCUCCUAAGUAUCUGGUCCCGGGCACCCAGAUGGAUGUGACAAUUUCAAAAAUCGGGACACUGAGGAACAAUGUGGUUUUUGCGUAG